CAUUGAGCGAGCGUAAACCGGAUAUUGCUGUCAUUGUCAACAAAGCUGAAAAUCUGAUUAUAUAUUUUUUAGAUGUUUUAGUCCAUUCAAAUUAACUCUGGAGGAGGCAGUUGCUUUGCUCGAACUCUAUUUAGUUAUUAUGGUCAUUUCAUUCUCAUGGGCUGUAUAUUUUCUGUUCGUUUAUAAACCUGUAAUUGGGAAAACGUAAGAUUUGUUUCAAAUGAAUAGAAGCAGCUAGCUAGCCUGCAUCAUGGCCAGUCUAUGUGCAUGUCACAUUCAGAAAUGAAAUGGUGAGUAUUACUUUUAAUAUAGUGAAUAUUAUUGGUAGUUAACAAAGCUGUCUUCAAUGUUGUCACACUUGUUUUAAUCCCCACCCAGAACGUUGGGUUGUCUUGACGUCACCCACCAGCUAGCUAACCAGCUAUCUGAAGUUUUUCGGACAGUAAAAUGGACUUUUCCAAAUUUCUGGACGAUGAUUUCGACGUGAAGGACUGGGUGAAUGGGGCCUUCAAGAUGCAGGAGGAUGUGCCUGGGAAAGCGGAUGCGCACGCGGCAACGCUGGUCGUGAAACUGCAGCUGUUCAUCCAGGAAGUCAACAAUGCAAUAGAGGGUAACUAGCUUUGGGACAACAUCGGGAGUCUGGGUAUUGGUUGGACUCCCUGAGUUGUGAACGAUAUAGCCGCUUCACCCCCCCCCCCCCCCCCCAAAAAAAACGUGUCAACAAAAGCAUAUUUAGAAUCUCUAGGAACUAUUUACCAUACAUAAAGUGAAACGUGUCCCUCGCUAUCAAAUAAACGUCUGAAUUCAACUUUUGUCUGAACCGCACCAUAUUCCUGCUGAGUUAUCCCGAUGUUGUCCCAAAGCUGGGUAACUGACAUACUGUCAUUUUUUUUGUCUCAUGUUAUUUCAUUGCUGCCUGUUCCCCAAUACGAUCAAGAAACGUAAGUAUUCCAGGUUCAGUUAACUGACCUGGAAGAACCAAGAGUCAUAGGCUACAGUAGCCCAAUAAUGGACUGCAGGGAGCUUAAUGUUACUCCUUAUUGUCCAAGGACCUUGUUAUUUUCAGAGGAAGACUGGCUCUGGCAGCCAAAACAACCAAAUACUCCAUUUAAACGUGAAUCCAUUCUCAAUUGUGAUACGGUUCUAGAAACAUAAAGCCCUUUAAUUUCAUAUCACGUCAAAAAUAAUUUCACAAAAGCAAAAUAUACACUUACUGGUUUAACAGGCUUUAUCGCAGUUGCAGCUGAUUCUUUUCCAGUUCCAACACCUUCUGGCGGAUUUCUUCCAUUACACACUGGUGUUCAGAGCAUGCUAGUUCGCUAAUUAGCACAGGUGGUCACCUCUGUCUUCCGUAAACAUGCGCUGUAACCUGGAGUUAUGGCUGUGUGGGAACAUUAACCCUAAAUAGUUAACCAAAUAGCUACCCGGAUUAUCUGCAUUGAUCCUUUUUGCACAAACUUUUUUGACUCAUGACAUGCUGCUGCUACUGUUUAUUAUCUAAACUGUUGCCUAGUCACUUUAUUUGUAGUUAUAUGUACAUAUCUACCUCAAUUACCUCGUACCCCUGCACAUUGACUCGGUACUGGUACCCUGUGUAUAUAGCCAAGUUAUCGUUACUCAUUGUUUAUUUAUUAUUACGUAUUAUUUCUCUAUUUUCUCUCUCUGCAUUGUUGGGAAGGGCCCAUAAGUAAGCAUUUCACUGUUAGUCUACACCUGUUGUUUACGAAUACAUUUUGAUUUGAUGUCUCCAGCUUCUCUGACCAUUUACAUACAUGAUGGGAAACAUUUAAAUAUAUUUAUCCUUGUUCAGAGAGCAGUAACCAGGCCCUGCAGAACAUGCCCAGAGUGCUGCGGGAUGGGGAGGCCCUGAAGCAGGAAGCGUCGUUCCUGAAGGAGCAGAUGGUCCUUGUCAAAGAGGACAUCAGGAAAUUUGAGCAGGACACUGUUCAGUCCAUGCAGGUAUGGCAGCCAUUUGCAUUAUAUAAACACAACAUCAGACGGACACCUCAUCGGAAGUGACUUGCAACUAAGCAAACACACACACAACACAAAGCUGCAGCACAGUCAGUCCAUGUAGAUGCGGCAACAUAGUCGCAUAAAACUAUAGUACUAUGGACAGGAUAUUGUCCUAUUCAAAUAGGAUAACAAGCUCUCAGUGUGGCAAAUAUGUAUUGUCAUUUAUACAGCACUAAGUCUUUGGCGUGUGGAUUCUGUGUUGCAGGUCUUGGUGGAGCUCGAUCAGGUCAAGUCUCGGAUGCAUCUGGCCUCCGAUGCACUACAGGAGGCAGACAAAUGGAGCACGCUCAGUGCAGACAUCGAGGAGACCUUCAAGACACAGGUGGUGUCAAACUACCUCUAAAACCCUGCUCCACUCCCCUUAGUAUAUUGUGAUAUGUGAUAUCUCUGCACUGAUUUAAGGAUUCAGUGAUUUGAUAUUUUAGGUGGCACGGGUGACCAAUAUUCUUCUUGUUCAAAAAUUGAGUACAUACACUACCGGUCAAAGGUUUUAGAACACCUACUCAUUCAAGGUUCUUUCUUUCUUUUUACUAUUUUCUACAUUGUAGAAUAGUAGUGAAGACAUCAAAACUUUGAAAUAACACAUGGAAUCAUGUAGUAACCAAAAAAGUGUUCAACAAAUCAAAAUAUAUUUUAUAUUUGAGAUUCUUCAAAUAUCCACCCUUUGCCUUGAUGACAGCUUUCCACACUCUUGGCAUUCUCUCAACUAGCCAUAAUGAGGUAGUCACCUGGAAUGCAUUUCAAUUAACAGGUGUGCCUUCUUAAAAGUUGUGGAAGUUCUUUCCUUAAUGUGUUUGAGCCAAUCAGUUGUGUUGUGACAAGGUAGGGGGGGUAUACAGAAGAUAGCCCUAUUUGGUAAAAGACCAAGUCCAUAUUAUGGCAAGAACAGCUCAAAUAAUAAAAGAGAAAUGAUUCAUUACUUUAAGACAUGAAGGUCAGUCAAUACGGAACAUAUCAAGAACUUUGAAAGUUUCUUCAAGUGCAGUCGCAAAAACCAUCAAGCGCUAUGAUGAAACUGACUCAUGAGGACCACCACAGGAAUGGAAGACCCAGAGUUACCUCUGCUGCAGAGGAUAAGUUCAUUAGCGUUACCAGCCUCAGACAUUGCAGCCCAAAUAAAUACUUCACGGAGUUCAAGUAACAGACACAUCUCAACAUCAACUGUUCAGAGGAGACUGUGUGAAUCAGGCCUUCAUGGUCGAAUUGUUGCAAAGAAAUCACUACUAAAGGACACCAAUAAGAAGAAGAGACCUGGACAUUAGUGGACAUUAGACCGGUGGAAAUUUGUCCUUUGGUCUGGAGUCCAAAUUGGAGAUUUUUAGUCCCAACCGCCGUGUCUUUGUGAGACGCGGUGUGGGUGAACGGAUGAUCUCCGCAUGUGUAUUUCCCACCAUAAAGCAUGGAGGAGGAGGUGUUAUGGUGUGGGGGUGCUUUGCUGGUGACACUGUCUGUGAUUUAUUUAGAAUUCAAGGCACACUUAACCAGCAUGGCUACCACAGCAUUCUGCAGUGAUACGCCAUUACAUCUGGUUUGGGUUUAGUGGGACUAUCAUUUGUUUUUCAACAGGACAAUGACCCAACACACCUCCAGGCGGUGUAAGGGCUAUUUUACCAAGAAGGGGAGUGAUGGAGUGCUGCAUCAGAUGACCUGGCCUCCACAAUCCCCCGACCUCAACCAAAUUGAGAUGGUUUGUGAUGAGUUGGACCGCAGAGUGAAGGAAAAGCAGCCAACAAGUGCUCAGCAUAUGUGGGAACUCAUUCAAGACUGUUGAAAAAGCAUUCCAGGUGAAGCUGGUUGAGAGAUUGCCAAAAGUGUGAAAAGCUCUCAUCAAGGCAAAGGGUGGCGAUUUGAAGAUUUGUUUAACACUUUUUUGGUUACUACAUGAUUCCAUAUGUGUUAUUUCAUAGUUUUGAUGUCUUCACUAUUAUUCUACAAUGUAGAAAAUAGUAAAAAAUAAAGAGAAACCCUUGAAUGAGUAGGUGUUCUAAAACUUUUGACCGGUAGUGUAUAGCCAAUGUCUCUUGGUUCUUGUCGUAAAGGUAGACUAUUAUGACGUAGAUGCAGAAAGUAAACAGCAGAGUGGGUUAAUUUCCGCAACAACUAAGAGCGUUGAAGCGUGAGGCUCAACUUCUCUGCUGUUUUGGUGCCCUGGCUUCCACGCUGUGAACAGUGUGAAGCGAACCCGUGCACAUGCGUAUAUACUGUGUGUGACAGUGAGAGCGAAGUCUUGCAUCUCGCUCAUCUCAAUAUCAGCGGUGCUGCUCAUGGCAACGUCAUUUUGCUGAGUCCAAGUGACCAACUCCUCAAAGGCAGAAGACAGCCCACAUUCAUGGGGACCCACAAGCUCUAGUGAUUUCCAUUUGACUUGACCAAACAUCUAUUUCCAUUUAACCUGAACUUUCUGGAGCUACCUCGUUCCCCCAGGACAUGGCUGUGAUCUCUUCUAAGCUGACCGCCAUGCAGAACAGCCUGGCUAUGCUGGUGGACACACCAGACUACUCUGAGAAAUGUGUGCACCUGGAGGCUCUGAAGAACAGGCUGGAGGCCCUGGCCAGCCCCCAGAUAGUAGCCACCUUCAACUCCAUGUCUAUAGGUAAGAGACUGUCUGGAAAUAACUUAUGAUUGGGUUGAGAUGGAAUACUAAAUCCAUAUUAGUUUAGACCGGUCUUUCUGAAACCUGGUUCUGACUAGGUUUAUGUGUUUUUUUUUUUUUCUGCAGACCAAGCCAAGCUUUUUGUGAAAGUCUUCACAGAGAUAGACCGAAUGCCACAGCUUCUUGCCUACUACUACAAGUGUCAUAAGGUAUGUAUUACAUUAUCACUGAUUUAGUAUAGUGUAGUUGCUUACAUGGUUUAUCUGUAGGUAGGUGUUUUCCAAUUGUUGACUUGAAUUCUCCUGUGUGUGUGUGUGUGUGUGUGUUUCCAGGGUCAACUGGUGAGUGUGUGGCAGGACCUGUCUCAGAGUGAACUGAGUCUAAAUCAGCAGCUGGCUGAGUUCUACGACACCCUGCUCUCCAGCUGGCACUCACAGCUACAAUGGAGCAGCCAGGUAUACUCACACACACUCUAUAGUAGUGGUUUUCAAACAUUUUCAGGGGGGAACCCAUUUCUUUCAGCAGACUUUCUGGCGACCCACCCCAAAUCUAAUGACACAACCUUAAAAUCGGUACAUUUCGUUUUUUACGUCAACAAAUAACCGUCAAUUCAUUACGUUUUCGUUUUUCUUAUCACAAUUAAAAUAACCAAUAAAGACAUUUUACUCAAUAAAAUUGUAUUUUUCAAAUUAUCUUUCUCAAUAAAGUUUGUAUAUUGUCCCAUACAAUGAUCUGUACUCUUAAUUUUUUGUUCCCCCACCCCAAUUAUGCAUUUCAUUUUGUAAAAAUCUGGCGACUCCACUGCAAUUCCCCCUCGACCCCGACUUUGAAUAACCACUGCUCUGUAUCAUACCAUAACACACGUGCUCCAUCAUAACAUGACACACACAACUAAGUAUCCUUCCCACACUGUAUCAUACAGCAACACACACCCUAGGUUAGGGCAGCACAAUUAAUGAAAUUCACAUCGGAAUUGCAAUAUUGACAUGUGCAGUAUCCAUAUCUCAAGAGAUCCACAUCGUAUGCAACAUUUUAAAACGCCACUCAGCCGCAGCAGUUUUUAAAGUUUACUUUGUUUGUCAUCUCUCUCCUCUUGCGGCUGCUUUCCACAAGCCUUGCCCCAUGUCACUCAAGCGGCGCAGUUCUGCCUCCUCACUGUUCGAGCCACUAUAAGUUUGCAUGCUGUUCCGUCAUGCAGUCAACAGAUUGUUCCAAACAAGAACGUGCUGCUUUCCACUUUGCUUCUUAAUAUAAAUAUUUAUACGAUUCCAACAGUUCACCCAAGUGUUUUGAUUUAUAUCACAUUAUUUGGUAAAAAAAAAAAAAAGCAAUUAUAUUUUUUGCCCAUAUCGUGCAGCCCAACCCUAAGUAUCCUUACACACCUCAUACCAUAAAUUACACACCAUAACUUACGCUAGUAGACUGUACAAUAACACACAUUUUCCUCUUGCUUUAACAAACACGUCUGCAGAGGGUGCACAAUCUUCCAUCUGCAACCUAACCCCAUGUCUCCAACUGACUGUGUAUAUGAAUCUAUCUCUCCUCCCCCAACAGGUGUUUAAGAACCCAUACGAGGUGGUGACGGUGCUGCUGAUCCAGACCCUGGGAGCCAUAGUGCCCUCCAUCCCCGUGUGUCUGAGAACGGCCAUGGAGCACACCCCCCAGGAGCAGCGGCUGGAUACCCUGCUGGAGCUCCAUCACACCGCUGCCACCUUCGGCAGGAGCCUGGCACAGGUCAUGUUGCCACACCUGGGUCUGUUCGCCUGCUACUGCAUCUAUAUAUUUAUUUGCACAUUCAUCAACAAGUCAGUCAAUGAUGAGGUGUAAAAUAGUGCCGGAUUUAGCUACACAGUUUAUUUUCAUCCGUAGUCCCUUGCUCAUCAACAGUGAGAGUGAUGAUAUAGAUUAUAAGAUUGUAUUGAUAUCAGACCUGGGUCAAAUACGUCUCAAAUACUUCGAAAUACUUGGAAGGUGCCCUUGAUUUGGCUUGGAGUUUGCACUUUUGGGACUAUUCCAUAGGUAAGGUAAUUAUAGUAAGGAAACAGAAGUAUUUGAAAGAUCUGCUCAUGACAUGUUUAUGGUCAUCUUGAUAGUGACGCUAAUUAAUUGUAUUGAUAUAUAACGCUGAAUCCUAACUUGAGCUCCACCCAGGUAAUUCAAACUUUUCCUUAGGGUUGACGUUAAUUAGCGAUUUGGGGGGAAAAGGUCAGUGCUCACAAGGUAGACUUACAUUGUGGUUGUACCUCUCAGGUGAGAACAACCUGCUGAAGGUGAAUGAGCUGGUCAGUGCCCUGUACGACCCCUACAAACCCUACCAGCUGCAGUAUGGAGACCUGGAGGAGUCCCACCUCCUCAUCCAGAUCAGCGCCAUGCCCCUGGUGAAACACAAACACAUUUACAUUUGAGUCAUUUAGCAGACUUACAAUUGCUCACCUAGUCGGUUCGGGGAUUCGAAUCAGCGACCUUUUGGUUACUGGCACAAUGCUCUUAUCCGCUAGGAUACCUGCACACACACACACACACACACACACAACCAAACCUUAUACAAUGGUCAUUUCACUUUUUGUGGUGAUUCCUGGGAAGGCGAGUGGAAAGGACUUUGUGACCAUUGGCUGUGUACCUCUUUCCCUCUCUCUUCAUCAUACUUUCUAUUCUCUCUCUCUCUCCCUCUCUCUUUCUCUCUCUCCUUAUUCCCCUCCUUUUCCCUCUCCCUCUAUCAGGAGCGUGGUGAGGUGAUAGACUGUGUAGAGGAGCUGAGUCACUCAGUGGGGAAGCUGUUUGGCCUGGCCAGUGCUGCUGUGGACCGCUGUGUCAAACUGACCGACGGCCUGGCCUUGUGUGGCCUCCUCAAGGCCCUCAAAUCCCUCUUCGCCAAGUAAUUAUACACUACUGGUUUUAUCUUAUUUUGUUUUUGAGUGGGUGUGGUACAACUUUUCAGUGUAAACUUAAACGGCUAAAACCAGAUAUAAAGUAUGUAGAAAAGAUAAUUGAGCUAUGUCUUUGAGAACUAACAACCACCAUUCCAAAAAUGUUAUGGCAUGGGGCCCCAUUGAUUUUGUUAUGUUUGAGUCACUCAGAUCGCAUAAGAACACGGCAUAAGCCAUGGACAAAUGUGUGGAGUUGUAGGAAAUUAGCUUUAAAACAUACACAUUUUGUCUCUGCGGCCAAAAGGACGCCCACUACUCCCCCCAUGCUAAAUUUGCCACAACUGUGGCAACGCUUACACACACAUACUACACAGUACACGCAACUUUCAAUAUUCUUGUGAAUAUUCUGGUUGACUUUUGUCCAUUGCUCUCACAUACAGUGGGGAGAACAAGUAUUUGAUACACUGCCGAUUUUGCAGGUUUUCCUACUUACAAAGCAUGUAGAGGUCUGUAAUUUUUAUCAUAGGUACACUUCAACUGUGAGAGACGGAAUCUAAAACAAAAAAUCCAGAAAAUCACAUUGUAUGAUUUUUAAGUAAUUAAUUUGCAUUUUAUUGCAUGACAUAAGUAUUUGAUCACCUACCAACCAGUAAGAAUUCCAGCUCUCACAGACCUGUUAGUUUUUCUUCAAGAAGCCCUCCUGUUCUCCACUCAUUACCUAUAUUAACUGCACCUGUUUGAACUCAUUACCUGUAUAAAAGACACCUGUCCACACACUCAAUCAAAUAGAAUCCAACCUCUCCACAAUGGCCAAGACCAGAGAGCUGUGUAAGGACAUCAGGGAUAAAAUUGUACACCUGCACAAGGCUGGGAUGGGCUACAAAACAAUUGGCAAGCAGCUUGGUGAGAAGGCAACAACUGUUGGCGCAAUUAUUAGAAAAUGGAAGAACUUCAAGAUGACGGUCAAUCACCCUCUGUCUGGGGCUCCAUGCAAGAUCUCACCUCGUGGGGCAUCAAUGAUCAUGAGGAAGGUGAGGGAUCAGCCCAGAACUACACGGCAGGACCUGGUCAAUGACCUGAAGAGAGCUGGGACCACAGUCUCAAAGAAAACCAUUAGUAACACACUACGCCAUCAUGGAUUAAAAUCCUGCAGCACACGCAAGGUCCCCCUGCUCAAGCCAGCGCAUGUCCAGGCCCGUCUGAAGUUUGCCAAUGACCAUCUGGAUGAUCCAGAGGAGGAAUGAGAGAAGGUCAUGUGGUCUGAUGAGACAAAAAUAGAGCUUUUUGGUCUAAACUCCACUCGCCGUGUUUGGAGGAAGAAGAAGGAUGAGUACAACCCCAAGAACACCAUCCCAACCGUGAAGCAUGGAGGUGCAAACAUCAUUCUUUGGGGAUGCUUUUGUGCAAAGGGGACAGGACGACUGCACCGUAUUGAGGGGAGGAUGGAUGGGGCCAUGUAUCGCGAGAUCUUGGCCAACAACCUCCUUCCCUCAGUAAGAGCAUUGAAGAUGGGUCGUGGCUGGGUCUUCCAGCAUGACAACGACCCGAAACACACAGCCAGGGCAACUAAGAAGUGGCUCCGUAAGAAGCAUCUCAAGGUCCUGGAGUGGCCUAGCCAGUCUCCAGACCUGAACCUAAUAGAAAAUCUUUGGAGGGAGCUGAAAGUCCGUAUUGCCCAGCGACAGCCCCGAAACCUGAAGGAUCUGGAGAAGGUCUGUAUGGAGGAGUGGGCCAAAAUCCCUGCUGCAGUGUGUGCAAACCUGGUCAAGACCUACAGGAAACGUAUGAUCUCUGUAAUUGCAAACAAAGGUUUCUGUACCAAAUAUUAAGUUCUGCUUUUCUGAUGUAUCAAAUACUUAUGUCAUGCAAUAAAAUGCAAAUUAAUUACUUAAAAAUCAUACAAUGGGAUUUUCUGGAUUUUUGUUUUAGAUUUCGUUUCUCACAGUUGAAGUGUACCUGUGAUGAAAAUUACAGACCUCUACAUGCUUUGUAAGUAGGAAAACCUGCAAAAUCGGCAGUGUAUCAAAUACUUGUUCUCCCCACUGUACGUGUCUUGGCCAUGUUUUCUACAGGUAUGUGUCAGACUUCUCCACUACUCUGCAGUCAGUCAGGAAGAAGUGCAGGUUGGAGGACACGCCCAGUGCUGCUGUGUUCCAAGAGGAUUGGACUGCCUUCCAGAACUCUGUCAGGUUGGUUUUGUGAAAACCCAAAUCAAACUCUGCUGGCUCUGAUAUUUUCCUUUGCACAUUGUCAUUUUCAGGACGGUCCCAACAGACAUGGUUAAUUAGAUGUUAAAUCCCCUAUUUAGGGGACUUUGAGCGGUUCUGACUGACAUUUUGGUGUACAAUGCGCUCUGUUAACGUCGCAGGGUCCAGUGCCUUAUAGUACACUACAUGACCAAAAGUAUGUGGACACCUGCUUGUCGAACAUCUCAUUCCAAAAUCAUGGGCAUUAAUAUGGAGUUGGUCCCCCCUUUGCUGCUACAACAGCCUCCACUCUUCUGGGAAGUCUUUCCACUAGAUGUUGGAACAUUGCUUCGGGUACUUGCUUACAUUCAGCCACAAGAGCAUUAGUGAGGUUGGGCACUGAUGUUGGGCGAUUAGGCCUGGCUCGCAGUCGGCGUUCCAAUUCCAUUCCCUUCAAUUCAUCCCAAAGGUGUUCGAUGGGGUUGAGGUCAGGGCUCUGUGCAGGUCAGUGACGUUCUUCCACACCGAUCUCUACAAACCAUUUCUGUAUGGACCUCGCUUUGUGCACGGAGGCAUUGUCAUGCUGAAACAGGAAAGGGCCUUCCCCAAACUGUUACCACAAAGUUGGAAGCACAGAAUCGUCUAGAAUGUCGUUGUAUGCUGUAGCAUUAACAUUUCCCUUAACUGGAACUAAGGGGCAUAGCCCGAACCAUGAAAAACAGCCCCAGACCAUUAUUCCUCCUCCACCAAACUUUACAAUUGGCACUAUGUAUUUGGGCAGGUAGCGUUCUCCUGGCAUCCGCCAAACCCAGAUUCGUCUGUCAGACUGCCAGAUGGUGAAACAUGAUUCAUCACUCCAGAGAACGCGUUUCCACUGCUCCAGAGUCCAAUAGCCGACGAGCUUUACACCACUCCAGCUGACGCUUGGCAUUGCCAUGGUGAUCUUAGGCUUGUGUGUGGCUGCUCGGCCAUGGAAACCAAUUUCAUGAAGCUCCCGGCGAACAGUUCUUGUGCUGACGUUGCUUCCAAAGGCAGUUUGGAACUCGGUAGUAAGUGUUGCAACCGAGGACAGAUGAUUUUUACACGCUACGUGCUUCAUCAUUCGGUGGUCCUAUUCUAUGAGCUUGUGUGGCCCUACCACUUCGCGGCUGAGCCGUUGUUGCACCUAGACGUUUCCACUUCACAAUAACAGCACCUACAGUUGACAGCUCUAGCAGGGCAGAAAUUUUACGAACUGACUUGUUGGAAAGGUGGCACCCUAUGAUGUUGCCACGUUAAAAGUCACUGAGCUCUUCAGUAAGGACAUUCUACUGCCAAUGUUUGUCUAUGGAGAUUGCAUGGCGGUGUACUCGAUUUUAUACAUCUGUCAGCGACGUGUGUGGCUGAAAUAGCCAAAUCCACUAAUUAGAAGGGGUGUCCACAUACUUAUGUGUAUAUAGUGUAUUAGAUAGCCCCAUCUGUCUGCUUUUUGCUACCACUCUGUCAGCAGAGCUGACUAUAAGUGUCAGGUUUCACACCCCAUAUUUGCCUCUGAGCGAUGGCGCCCAGCCUGGGAGAUGGCAUAUUAAAGGCAGAUUGACGUUUAUUGUCAUGAAUCUUGCUCUGGAGGCAGAACUGAGCGAUUUCUGCUAGAUGGGCCAGAUGCAAAGUCAAAAUGUGCUGUAUUGUAAAAAGUCAUGAACACGAAAAUGUGCUUUUUGGUCUUAAUUUAAGGUGAGGGUUAGGCAUUAGGGUUAGCAGUGUGGUUAAGGGUAGGUUUAAAAUCUGAUUUUAUGACUUUGUGACUGUGCCAGCUAGUGUCCAAUCUGCAGAGUUGCCUCCCGGGCAAGGUUCAUGACAUUAUUAUAUUAAAGGGAACAGUCUAGUGAAUCCAUCAAUUGUGGGUUAAUCUCGCUGUGAUAUCCUGAGGCGAAUUUGGAGCUCUCAGCAUGUAUAAAUACUAAAUCAGUUCGUAGAAUUGAAACACGACCACUUUCUCAAGGUCACAGAGGGACGAAAUCACUUCAUGCGCAAAGCUUGCUGACGACACAAUAGUGGUAGGCCUGAUCACCGACAACGAUGAGACGGCCUAUAGGGAGGAGGUCAGAGACCUGGCCGUGUGGUGCCAGGAUAACAACCUCUCCCUCAACGUGAUCAAGACAAAGGAGAUGAUUGUGGACUACAGGAAAAAAAAGAGGACUGAGCACAUUCUCAUCGAUGGGGCUGUAGUGGAACAGGUUGAGAGCUUCAAGUUCCUUGGUGUCCACAUCACCAACAAACUAUCAUGGUCCAAACACACCAAGACAGUCGUGAAGAGGGCACGACAAAGCCUAUUCCCCCUCAGGAGACUGAAAAGAUUUGGCAUGGGUCCUCAGAUCCUCAAAAAGUUCUACAGCUGCACCAUCGAGAGCAUCCUGACUGGUUGCAUCACCGCCUGGUAUGGCAACUGCUCGGCCUCCGACCGCAAGGCACUACAGAGUGUAGUGCAGGGUUCUUCAAUUCCGGUCCUGGAGGGCCGAAACACCUCUGUUUUUCAUCCUCUCCUUCUAAUCAGGGGCUAAUUCAGACCUGGGACACCAGGUGAGUGCAAUUAACUACCAGGUAGAAAUAAAAAAUUCGGCCCUCCAGGACCGGAAUUGAAGAACCCUGGUGUAGUGCGUACGGCCCCGUACAUCACUGGGGCCAAGCUUCUUGCCAUCCAGGACCUCUAUACCAAGGCGGUGUCAGAGUCACCCUAGUCAUAGACUGUUCUCUCUGCUACCGCACGGCAAGCGGUACCGGAGCACCAAGUCUAGGUCCAAAAGGCUUCUUAACAGCUUCUACCCCCAAGCCAUAAGACUCCUGAACAGCUAAUCAUGGCUACCCAGACUAUUUGCAUUGCCCACCCCCUCUUUUACACUGCUGCUACUAUUAUCUAUGCAUAGUCAUUUUAACUCUACCCACAUGUACAUAUAACCUCAAUUACCUCGACUAUCCGGUGCCGCCGCACAUUGACUCUGUACCGGUACAUCCUGUAUAUAGCCUCCCUACUGGUAUUUUAUUUUACUGCUGCUCUUUAAUUAUUUGCACGCUUUUUUUUUUUUCAUAAAAACUGCAUUGUUGGUUAAGGGCUUGUAAGUAAGCAUUUCACUUUAAGGUCUACACCUGUUUGUAUUCGGUGCAUGUGGCAAAUAACAUUUGAUUUGAUUUGAAGUUGUAACGAGUCUGCAGACAUUCGAAUGGUGUCUCUGCCUCGCUAAGAGGACGCUUGGUAGAAAAUGCUCUGUCGUCGGUUAUAUGAAAUGGAGCCAGUACAUGUUUAUUUUACAGUUAGUUGUAAGAAAGGUGGAAUCUUUUCAGUCAUUGCAAUAGGACAACAAUCGGAUAUCAUUUUUUAUAUUUUCAUAAUAUUUGUAAUAUGUACUUGAGCUUGUGUCCUCAAGUGAGUACACCUCAGCAAUUUAUAAUUAUUUUUUACCAGAAAGGUGAGUUCCAGACAUUUCUAGAACUAUGCAGCGUUACUAGAUAUUGUUUAUGGUAAUCUCAUGAAAAAUAAUUACUUUUGGGUAUGUCUAUUUAGGCAGAUAUCGAAAUUUUUCCAUAACGUUCAACCAGGCCAAUGCAGUACAGCUCGGCUGGGCUUGGCUCAGUAGUAUGAAAAAGGGUAUAAUUGUGCAUGAACUGUAUAUUAUUUUUGAUUCCCCAUGUUUCCUCUGCAUUGCAGGAUCAUUUCCACCUGUGGGGAGUUGCUGAGACAGUGUGGAGCCUAUGAGCAGCAGCUAUCAAACAAGUAAGACCAACACCAACUCCAAAUCACCCCCAGGCCCUACUCCCUAGCUACCUGACUCGCCCUACUUAUAUCCAUUCUUACUUCCCCCAUUCUCUUGCCAUGUCCUAUAGGUCAAGUUUAUUUAAGUACAUUUUAUUUAAAAGUGCAUUAUACAUGGGUCUCAACACACUUUACAUGAUGAUCCUAUAGGAUCCUGGCCACGGCGGGGAAGUACCUGUCUGAGUCGUACAGCCCUCGGAGCCUGGCGGGCAUCCAGGAGGCCAGCUCCACGGAGAGGAAUCCCUGGCAGGAGUACAACUACCUGCAGAGGGGCAACAUGGCAGAGUACAACAGCCUGAUGGAGGUGCUCUACUCCCUCAAGGUAUGGCUGGUCAUGCUGGGGGAAAACGGAGAUGACUUGGAACUGUUAACUUUCAUUUGGGUUUGGGGUUUAGGGUUUUAGCUUGGGUGUGAUGUUACAGUAAUUGUUGAGUUGUUGGAUAGGAUGGGAAUGUAGCCUAUAAAUGGUCCACUGUAACUAUUUUCAGAGUGAAAAUACAGUGUCUUGUGAUCAAUGACUGUCAUUUUUGCUUCAUUAAAGCCUUGUAAUGCAAUUAAGUAAGUGGCAGUGUGUUUUUAGGGAGUUAGGUCUGUUGUGAGGUCUGUCAUGUUCAAGUUGCCAUUGUUUUGUAGGAGAAUGGGACCGGUAACUCCAGUCUUCUGGCUGAGCCCCGAGUGGCUCUGACCCGUCUCAACCAGCAGGCCAACCAGCUGGCCUUCGACUCUGUCUUCCUGCAGAUCAAACAUCAACUCUGCUUGGUCUCCAAAAUGGAGGUGUGUGUGUGUGUGCAGUCAGUCUUGUUUCUGUAUGUAAAUGUAAUGCUUACAUAUGUUCCGUCUUGUACCAUGUCUGUUAUCAGAGCCGAGAUGCAGGAGGUUUUGGAGAGAGCUAUGCUGUAGACCUACCUACCUUCAGCUUGUCCCCACAGGAGUACAUCACCAAUGUAAGUCUGGCCCACUAUGGGCACAACAUCUACAGGCUGAUUCAAGUCAUAGAUUCAAGUAUUAUUGUAUAUGUAUUAUGUAAUAUAAGCUGUCUUUAGAAAACAUGAGUGGUGUUUUCUGUUGUAAAUGUUCACAGUUAGUGUUACUAUAGUACUAUGAAUGUUCAGGCUAGUCAGAUUGUGUUGAGGUGGCUGACUGCCUGUGUUUCUCCUUGAAAGAUAGGACAGUACAUCAUGUCUCUGCCGCUCCAUUUGGAGCCCUUUGUGACGCAAGAGGACCCGGCGCUGGAGUUGGCCCUGCACGCAGGCAAACUGCCUUUCCCUCCUGAGCAAGGUGACCUUCUCUCCCCCUCGUUCAUUCGGUCUCUACCUCCAUCUGUCUCUCUACUCUUCCCUCCUUUUAGAUGUUUGCCCCUCUGUCUGUUACCGGUCUCCCUUGUUCUUUUGCUCCUCAUCCCUGUUUUCCAGCUUUUUCCCUCUUCCCCAGUCCUCUUCUACCUCCCCAUACCUCUCCCCUUACCUUCCCCCACCUAACCUAUUGCCCUAAACUCCUGCUCUCUUCUUUAUUUCUCUCCUUGCACUCUCCCCCUACAUCUCUCCUCCACAGUCUCUCCCUCUUUGUCCUAAUUUCAAUAGCCGGCCUUGCUAUUUUCUGUGCGUCCUGUGUGUGCCUGGCCAUGCCUGACGUUUGUUUUGACGACAUUUGUCUGACGUUGUUCCAACCUCAGGUGAUGACCUUCCGGAGCUGGACAACACAGCAGACUACUGGCUGGGCUCCAUCGCCAGGGCGACCAUGCAAACGUACUGUGACGCCAUCUUGCUCAUCCCAGAGCUCACCGCCCACUCCACCAAACAGCUGGCCACAGACAUCGGUACUAGACCACCAUCAUUUACCUACAAAAUAUUAGGGAUGUAACGAUUCACAGAUACUCAAUGGUCCCCGGUUCAAAUGUUUAAGAUAUGAGUGCAUCGCUCUGCGGGAGCCCAAACCGAUCCGAAUUAAGCGUGCAUCGGUCAGAAAACAGAUUCAAAUGUUACGAAUUGCCAGUUCACAAUUUUUUUUUUAUCGUAUUGUUUUAUACCGAAAAUGGCUCUUAUCUGUUGUGACUGAAUUGAUGCGUCCUCCUUUAGUUCAGUAGCCUAUCGAACUUUUAUGCAUGUAACUGCAUAUGACUGUCAGAUAACAACUAUACGCACAGUGUGGGAGACACAGCUGCUCGCGCCAACGAGAGGUAGGCCUAUCCCUGUUCUAAUAGGCUAUUUGUACAUCUGAGCAGCACUUUAAGCAUUCAGAUGCCUGUAAAAUGGCUUUCGCAAUGUCAAAUCAUAAGAUGUAUUAGUUUAGUGACAACCAAUGUAAUUUUCUGGCUCAUUGUUACCAAAUGUGCUGUAGAAAAUUGUGUUUUACCGGAGUUGUGUAGCCUACCGGAGUGGACGCAACUCACAUCCAGCUGCUGAUUUGAGGUUUUCAAUCAUUCAGAUUUUAUUUAGAUUGUUCAGGUUCACCAUAAGAAAUCGUUUUGGUAGAUUUGCUUUAAACGGUUAACGUUUUUGGUUGUUUUUACAUGAACAGGAUAAUUUCGUAAAGGACAGCAAUCAUUUUUGCAAGCUGUGCAAGGUCGAUUUCAAUGGUCGGAGUGGGAGAAGCUGUCCGUAAAAUUCGGUCUAAACCAUUCGCUUUUGAGACGGAAUGAAAUCCAAAGCUGCAUUGUAUUAGUUGGCUAAUUUCUAAAGAUAAAUAUUGACAGUACUAGCUCAAAUCAUUUAUCAACAAAAAUGACAAAUUAAUCAGUGGGUGAUGGUGAUUUCAGAUAAAAGGUGGGGGGACAAAAAUAAUAAAUUGCCCCUACCCCUAAUCUGAUAGCAGAGUGGUAGAUGCUCAGUCUGCCCUAUUGCUCAGCUCAGGUGCCUACACAUACCAUUGAUACACACACUAACAGAGGGCCACUCAGUUUAGAGAAGUCCUCUCAGACAGAUCCAGCUCAGAUCGAGAGGCCCAACUCCUGAGCUCCCAUCAGCAGCAGAUAAUAAUUCUAAAUGGAAAAUGAAUGUGUUUAUUCAAAAAAUUUUAGUGCAUCGAACCGAAUCGCAUCAAUUCAUUCCGUUAAUCAAAACAAAUCGCACCGAGUCGUUUCAAACUAAAACGUAUCAUUCCUGUAUCGUAUCAGAGCCCGUGUAUUUAGAUGCGUAUUGAAUCGUUCAUGAAAGAUCUAUAUGCUAGAUGGUUCCCUAGUUCUAGAUCUAUUUUGUACAUGGAGCCAACAUGGUUAUAAGUACUGUAUGUCAUUGCUUCUUGGGUGCCGUAUGAUCAUCUGGAGUUGGUUGUUUAGUAAAAAAUGGUAUAUCUACUGGGGUUUUUUAACUACAGACUCAUUACAUUUUCAGAUGAUUUUAACGUAAACCAAGAAGCAAUACAUACAAUAUUUAUUGUAAUUAUAAAGUUAUUUGUAACUACAUUGAUGUUGCUAGUAAUAGAGCAUCAAGUAUGCAUUGUAAAAGGCCAACUUGCCAAAGCAUCAAUAAAAUUAGAAAUAUGCUAGCACCUGCAAAAUUGUGAUUUGUUCAAAUGAUCAGUGGUGAAAAAUCAGCGUACCAGAACAGAGUUCCUCGUUAGUCGUUGCAUCCCACAGACUGUUGACAGACGCAACAAUACCAUUUAUGUUAAGUGUGUCUAUCCACAAGAGAUGCAUUGGUAAUAAUAUAGUAAUAAUCAAAUGUUAUUGGUCACAUACACAUAUUUAGCAGAUGUUAUUGCGGGUGUAGCGAAAUGCUUGUGCUCCUAGCUCCAACAGUGCAGUAGUAUCUAACAAUUCACAACAAUACACACAAAUCUAAAGUAAAAUAAUGGAAUUAAGAAAUAUAUAAAUAUUAGGACAGGCAAUGUCGGAGUGGCAUUGAUUAAAAUACAGUACAAUAGAAUACAGUAUAUACAUAUGAAAUGAGUAAAGUAGUAUGUGAACAUUAUUAAAGUGACUAGUGUUCCAUUAUUAAUGUGACCAGUGAUUUCAAGUCUAUGUAUAUGGGACAGCAGCCUCUAAGGUGCAGGGUUGAGUAACCGGGUGGUAGCCGGCUAGAGAUGGCUAUUUAACAGUCUGAUGGCCUUGAGAUAGAAGCUGUUUUUCAGUCUCUCGGUCCCAGCUUUGAUGCACCUGUACUGACCUCGCCUUCUGGAUGGUAGCGGGGUGAACAAGCCGUGGCUCGGGUGGUUGAUGUUCUUGAUGAUCUUUUUGGCCUUCCCGUGACAUCGGGUGCUGUAGGUGUCCUGGAGGGCAGGCAGUGUUCCCCCGGUGAUGAGUUGGUCAGACCGCACCACCCUCUGGAGAGCCCUGCGGUUGCGGGCGGUGCAGUUGCCGUACCAGGUGGUGAUACAGCCUGACAGGAUGCUCUGAAUUGUGCAUCUGUAAAAGUUUGUGAGGGUCUUAGGGGCCAAGCCGAAUUUCUUCAGCCCUGAGAUUGAAGAGGCGAUGUUGCGCCUUCUUCACCACACUGUCUGUGUGGGUGGACCAUUUCAGAUUGUCAGUGAUGUGUACACCGAGGAACUUGAAGCUUUUCACCUUCUCCACUGUGGUCCCGUCGAUGUGGAUAGGGGCGUGCUCCCUCUGCUGUUUCCUGAAGUCCAUGAUAAGCUCCUUCGUUUUGUUGACGUUGAGGGAGAGGUUAUUUUCCUGGCACCACUCCGCCAGGGCCCUCACCUCCUCCCUGUAGGCUGUCUUGUCAUUGUUGGUAAUGAGACAUACUACUGUUGUGUUGUCUGCAAACUUGAUGAUUGAGUUGGAGGCCUGCGUUGCCACGCAGUCAUGGGUGACGGUGUGGUCCUCUGUAGCUCAGCUGGUAGAGCACGGCGCUUGUAACGCCAGGGUAGUGGGUUCGAUCUCCGGGACCGCCCAUUCACAAAAUGUAUGCACGCAUGACUGUAAGUCGCUUUGGAUAAAAGCGUCUGCUAAGUGGCAUAUUAUUAUUUAUUUUUAUAACAGGGAGUACAGGAAGGGGCUGAGCAUGCACCCUUGUGGGGCCCCUGGGUUGAGGAUCAGCGAAGUGGAGGUGGGGCGUCCCGUCAGGAAGUCCAGGACCUAGUUGCACAGGGCGGGGUUCAGACCAAAUUCCCUGAACUUAAUGAUGAGCUUGGAGGGUACUAUGGUGUUGAAGGCUGAGCUAUAGUCAAUGAACAGCAUUCUUACAUAGGUAUUCCUCUUGUCCAGAUGGGAUAGGGCAGUGCAAUGGCAAUUGCAUCGUCUGUGGAUCUAUUGGGGCGGUAUGCAAAUUGAAGUGGGUCUAGGGUGUCAGGUAAGGUAGAGGUGAUAUGAUCCUUAACUAGCCUCUCAAAGCACUUCAUGAUGACAGAAGUGAGUGCUACGGGGCAAUAGUCAUUUAGUUCAGUUACCUUUGGUUUCUUGGGUACAGGAACAAUGGUGGCCAUCUUGAAGCAAGUGGGGACAGCAGACUGGGAUAGGGAGAGAUUGAAUAUGUCUGUAAACACUCCUGCCCGCUGGUCUGCGCAUGCUCUGAGGACGCGGCUAGGGAUGCCGUCUGGGCCGGCAGCCUUGCGAGGGUUAACACGCUUAAAUUUCUUAUUCACGUCGGCCACGGAGAAUGAGAGCCUACAGUCCUUGUGAGCGGGCCGCGUCGGUGGCACUGUGUUAUCCUCAAAGCGGGCGAAGAAGGUGUUUAGCUUGUCCGGGAGCAAGACGUCGGUGUCCGCGACGUGGCUGGUUUUCCCUUUGUAAUCCGUGAUUGUCUGUAGACCCUGCCACAUAAUAUAGUCAUUAAUAGGUAAUAAUAUAGUAUGUCCAUACUAUGUUUUCAGUGUGUUAGUGCCACACAAUGGUUUUUUCUUCAACAUCUGUCUCCUAACUCCCCACAGACUACCUGAGCAAUGUGAUGGAUGCUUUGGGCCUGCAGCCCUCCAGGACCCUGCAGCAGAUAGUGACCCUGCUGAGGGCCAAGCCAGAGGAGUACAGACAGAUGGCCAAACUGCUGCCCCGCAGACUGGUGUCCACCAUCGCUGCCCUGAGAGGGCUGGACCACUGACCACGGUCACACUCUAAACAGGUAACAGACUAUGGACAAAAAUAAGCUAUUUUGCUAACUCUGGCAUAUUGACAUUGAUACUGUAUGAACACUAGAAAGUUGAUGAAUGUGCACUGUCCCUGUCACAUAAGUCAAACAUUAAAACUAUAGGGCCCAGUUUUUUCUUGUCACAACACAAAUAUUGUCCUUCACCUCCUGUGUUGGUCAGCCAGAUCUCAAGUAUGUUUACACUUGACCAAAAAACAAAUCCAGUCUCUUAGAAUGUAGACAAAGAAAAAUGAUAAAAUGACACAAUUUUUAAUACGCAGUGUAAAUAUGGAAGUAUGUAAUGUAACAAUUAUGAUCCUACUCAAAUCACUUGUUCCUCACUCUCUUUCCUCUAUAGAUAUGAUAUCUGGAGUCUGGACCCCUGGUAUGACAUAACUGAGAAGUAUCCAUUUGGGGAUAUUCCCAUCAUGAAACAGCUAUAAGCAACAUGUUCAAAUCAAAUAUUUAAACUGCUUUGGCAUCGUACUAUUGGCUAUUAUGUUGUAUAUUUUCUAUUGUUUUCUAUUAUGGUACAUUUUUGUUAAUUGACACUUAUAUGGGGGUAAAUCAGGGUAGAAUUGGUUUUGCUUAUUUGUAAUGUACUGGAAUCUGUCCACUAAUUUAAUAAACAUAUGGCCUCCUUGUCUUCAACUCUUUGAUAAUGAAGUUAAUUGAAGAUUCAAGUUAAAUGUCUGAUUAACUGAG